AAAAGAAAAAGUGCGUGAAUCGACGCGGAAAUUUGCGACUGACAGAGCCAGUCCUCUACGUUUUCCGCCGACCAUCCUUUCCCCAUUUCAAACCGCUCUGCCAGCUGCUGCUUCUUCUCUCCGCAUCUCAUUCACGUUUCCUGUUCUCGAUUUCACUUCUGCUAUGGCUCCCCCCGUCACUCUCGAUACCAUCAAUCCCAAGGUUCUCAAAUGUGAGUAUGCUGUCCGUGGUGAGAUUGUCACCCUUGCCCAGAGAAUACAACAAGAGUUACAGAGUAACCCAGGUUCUCAUUCCUUUGAUGAGAUACUUUAUUGCAACAUAGGAAAUCCUCAAUCUCUUGGUCAGCAGCCCAUUACAUUUUUCAGAGAGGUUCUUGCCUUGUGCGACCACCCUGCUAUUUUGGACCGGAGUGAAACACAGGAUCUGUUCAGUGCGGAUGCUGUAGAGCGAGCUAGGCAGAUUCUGGAUCAAAUACCAGGAAGAGCAACUGGAGCUUAUAGUCACAGUCAGGGUAUCAAGGGAUUACGUGAUACAAUUGCUGCUGGUAUUCAAGCUCGUGAUGGUUUUCCUGCGGAUCCAAAUGACAUAUUCUUGACAGAUGGUGCAAGCCCAGCGGUUCAUAUGAUGAUGCAAUUACUAAUAAGAUCAGAAGAGGAUGGAAUUUUCUGUCCCAUUCCUCAGUACCCGUUGUACUCUGCUUCAAUUGCUCUCCAUGGUGGCACACUGGUUCCUUACUGUCUUGAUGAAGAAACAGGAUGGGGACUGGAAAUUUCUGAGCUUAAGAAACAAUUGGAGGCUGCCAAGUCCAAGGGCAUUGCAGUUAGGGCCUUGGUUAUUAUAAAUCCAGGCAAUCCAACAGGGCAGGUUCUUGCUGAGGAGAACCAGAGGGACAUUGUGGAGUUCUGCAAGACAGAAGGCCUUGUUCUGCUGGCGGAUGAGGUUUAUCAGGAAAAUGUUUAUGUUCCUGAGAAAACAUUCCACUCGUUCAAGAAGAUUUCUCGUUCUAUGGGGUAUGGGGAGGAGGAUCUCUGCCUGGUUUCUUUUCAGUCGGUUUCUAAAGGCUACUAUGGGGAGUGCGGGAAAAGAGGAGGUUACAUGGAGGUCACUGGAUUCAACGCUGACAUAAGGGAACAAAUAUACAAAAUGGCAUCUGUCAAUCUUUGUUCUAACAUCUCUGGUCAAAUUCUUGCAAGCCUUGUUAUGAGCCCACCCAAGGUUGGUGACAAGUCGUACAAAUCCUACUGUGCAGAGAAAGAAGGAAUUCUAGCAUCAUUGGCAAGGCGUGCAAAGGCACUAGAAAAUGCAAUUAACAAUUUAGAGGGAGUAUCAUGCAACAAAGCAGAAGGGGCAAUGUAUCUCUUUCCCCGUAUUUACCUGCCCCAAAAGGCAAUUCAAGCAGCAGAGGAUGCAAAUAUCGCCCCGGAUGCAUUCUAUUGUCGUCGCCUCCUUAAUGCAACAGGAAUUGUUGUUGUUCCUGGUUCUGGCUUUGGACAGGUAACUGGCACCUGGCAUUUUAGGUGCACAAUACUCCCUCAAGAGGAUAAGAUUCCUGCCGUUAUCUCCCGUCUGACGGACUUCCAUAAAGGAUUCAUGGAUGAGUUUCGUGACUGAAGGAUUCAUGGAUGAGUUUCGUGACAGUACACAAUAAGACGUACCCAUUUUGGCAGUACAUGGACAUUAAUGUUCCCAUACAUUUUAGACUUUUUUUUUUGUAUGAAAGACUGAAGAAGAGGAUCCUUCAAUAAUUUUUUUUUUUAUAAAGAGGAAAAUGUUUUGGU